AUGCUGGCGAAACCAAUCAGAAGAAUUCCUUUCUUAUCUUUCUCACCUCGCAAAACUUGCCACGAAAAGAAAUGUGCCAAAGGAAAAACCUGGCGGCAACGUUUUCUCACCAGAAAUGUCCUUGUCAACAAAGAUAACGAAGGUGGUGGAGAAUCUUGGGAUUCAUAUUCACCUUCCACUAGCAAGGUGCAUAGGAGUCAAGAACGUUUUGAUAAUGUCAAGGGUCUUUUCCGCGAAGAAGGCGAAAGAGAACCAAGUGGUGACCAAGUUUAG